AUGCACGGGAAGUGGUCCGCCUACAUUGUCAGUGGCAUCAUGCCCCCGAGGGCUCUGGACGGACGAUACGACGUAUAUGUAUGGUUUGUCCGAGCGCGCGGUAACACCCUUGUCCGGGAAUUUACCAAGUUCUCGGUAGAGAUGUGGGAGGGUGAAGUCCCAAUCACUAGCCUCGCAGUGGUCCCUGAAGAAUAUUGGAUGGACGACCUGCAAGGCCAAGAUGGGAAGAAGCCAAGGAUGCCCCUGCGUCAGAAGCUCAUCGAAGAAGGGAAAUUGCUUUGGGAACUUCUCAAAGAGCCCACCUCCAAGCAAUACAACGGCGAGCUCGUCGAUGAAGGCAUACACAUCAAGGAUACUCAAAAGGGACUUGUAUCAGGACGUGUCAUUUGCGACUCGCCCGGGUUUGGCGAAUACUGCCCCGACAUGAAGCAGCAACUACAAUGCCAACCAAGAUUAACACGUCCAAGGUCACCACCUCCAGAGAACCAAUGGGACUUGAAUCAACUUCCACAGGCUCCCCCUCGUUGUGCCUGCCGUCAUUGCAUGUCCAACCGAGAACAUCACCCUGAAGAAGUUAUGUUCCAUGAGUUCAAACCCGUCAUCCCUGCCAUCGACGAAACACCCACAACCGACCUCUUCUAUGUCGUCUGCAGCGGACUCAUACCCGGCUUCAUAAUGGCCUCCCGCCGCUGGGGCAUCUUCCAAGUCUCCAAUCUCUCGGAUAUCAAACAGGACAAAGAAGCAUUCAAGUACCUCGUACUAGACGACAAGAUAAAGCGCACCGUCAAAGCCCUGAUCAGCCGCUUUGCCGCCUCUGUCAACAAGAAGCUCUCCCCCUGGGGAAACGACUUUAUCAAGAAUAAAGGCGAAGGCCGCAUCUUCCUCCUCCACGGCCAGCCAGGCGUUGGCAAAACCUCAACGGCAGAAUGCAUCGCCGAGCUCUCCAACCGGCCCCUCAUGGCCCUUACAUCCGGCGACCUGCUCAGCUCUCUCGACGACGUGGAGAAGAACCUGGCCUACUUCCUCGCGCUGGGCCAGCGCUACGGCGCGCUCGUCCUCCUCGACGAGGCGGACGUCUACCUGGAGCACCGGACCGCCAGCGACGUUGCCCGCAACGGCCUGGUGUCCAUCUUCCUCCGCGCACUGGAAUACUACCGCGGCGUAUUGUUCCUCACCACCAACCGGGUGCAGUCUUUCGACGCCGCGUUCCUCAGCCGGAUCCAUGUCGCGCUGCACUACAAGAACCUCAGCAACGAGAACCGGGAGCGCAUCUGGGCACAUAGCUUCGAGAGACUUGUGCGCGAUUCAGACGGGAAGAUUCAUGUUUCUGCAGCGGCGAGAGACUACGUCUUCCAUCAUGCGGGCGUUCAAUUGCUGAGGUUGAAUGGGAGGGAGAUUCGGAACGCGAUGCAGACGGCGUUGGCGUUGGCAGAGAGCGAGGCUGAAGACGAAGGGGAUGAAGUCGUCACCAUACGGGCGAGCCACUUGGAGGCCGUUGUAGAGAUGAGCUCGAGCUUCAAGGGCUAUAUUGCGCGCCUGGAGGGGCGAGACGGCUGUGAGGGGGAUGCGAAUUGA